CUUUUUUAACUCUGUUCAUGUAAGAGUUACCUCAUAAGUGCUGACAUUAGCGUAAGAUAAACAUGUUGACAAGAUAUGACUGAGAAAUUCUAGGAUGGGGGGAAGUAAAAAGGACAAGCGUGAUAAAGGAGAGAGAUCCUCGAAGAGGGCCAAAGUCGUUGAAGUAGAAUAUGAUGACUAUGAUGAUGAAUCCCAGGAAACAGAUAAUGUCAAAGACAUCGCAACAGUUGCAUCUAAGCAGGUGGAAGAACGAAGUGCAGAAGAUGAAUUUGGUGCCAAAGAUUAUCGCAAGCUCCUUGAGCUGAAACUUGACCACAACUCGCGACCCUUGUGGGUGGCACCCAAUGGGCAUGUGUUCCUGGAAUCCUUCUCCCCUGUGUACAAACAUGCCCAUGACUUCCUUAUCGCCAUAUCCGAGCCAGUGUGUCGACCGCUCCACAUACACGAGUACAAGCUGACGGCCUACUCCCUGUAUGCCGCCGUCUCUGUGGGCCUGGAGACAAAUGACAUCAUUGAGUAUCUUCGCCGACUCAGCAAAACAUCCCUCCCUAACGGAAUCAUUGAGUUUAUAAAGCUGUGCACUCUGAGUUACGGGAAGGUGAAGCUGGUCCUGAAGCACAACAGAUACUUUGUGGAGAGCCAGCACCCAGAUGUCCUGCAGAAGCUGUUGAAGGAUCCUGUCAUCCAGGAAUGUCGCAAGCGGGACGAUGCAGAGGAGGACGCCACUGCCGAGGGCUUUAUCAAGGGAGAGGUGUCGGUGAAGUCAGCACUACAUUUGAACAGGCCAGCGACGACAGCCGCAGCGUCAUCUUCGCAGACAGAUCAGACAGCAACAGGGGCGGAGGGGGAGACGGCUACGGAGGAGGACAAGGUGCCGGACGAUAUAUUUGACUACUACGACAAGCUGGACAAGGACGAGGAUGAUGAGGAUGAUAAUCAACUCAAGACUGUGUCCUUUGAGGUUAUGCAGGAGCGUGUGGAGGAUGUGCAGAAGCGGUGUAUAGAGCUGGAGCAUCCUCUGCUGGCAGAAUAUGACUUCAGGAAUGAUACAGUCAACCCGGAUGUGAACAUGGAUCUGAAGCCGUCCACAGUUCUGCGACCCUACCAGGAGAAGAGUCUUCGGAAGAUGUUUGGGAAUGGCAGGGCUCGGUCGGGAGUCAUUGUGCUACCCUGCGGUGCCGGUAAGACUCUGGUUGGGGUGACAGCUGCCUGUACCGUGAGGAAACGCUGCAUAUGUCUGUGUACAUCAGGAGUGUCGGUUGAGCAGUGGAGGUCACAGUUCAAGAUGUGGUCUACAGUAGAUGACAGUCUGAUCUGUAGGUUCACCUCAGAUGCCAAAGAUAAACCAAUGGGCUGUGCCAUCUGCAUCAGCACUUACUCCAUGUUGGCGCACUCCAUGAAGCGGUCGUGGGAGGCGGAGAAAAUGAUGGAGUGGAUGCAGAGCCAGGAGUGGGGCAUCAUGCUCCUUGAUGAGGUACAGACAAUUCCAGCCAAGAUGUUCCGACGGGUACUGACCAUUGUCAAUGCCCACUGCAAACUGGGACUGACCGCAACACUGGUCCGUGAGGAUGACAAGAUUGCUGACCUCAACUUUCUGAUCGGCCCCAAGCUGUACGAGGCUAACUGGAUGGAACUGCAGAAUGCCGGCUACAUUGCCCGUGUACAGUGUGCUGAAGUCUGGUGUCCAAUGGCGCCUGAAUUCUACAGAGAAUAUCUACAGAUGAAAUCUAUGAAGAAACUGCUGCUGUACUGCAUGAAUCCCAACAAGUUCCGGGCCUGUCAAUUCCUCAUCCGCUACCACGAGAGGAGGAACGACAAGAUUAUCGUGUUUGCUGACAAUGUGUUUUCUCUCAAGCAUUAUGCUAUCAAACUCAAUAAACCCUACCUGUACGGCCCGACCAGCCAGGGGGAGAGACUGCAGAUUCUCCAGAACUUUGUGCACAACCCUAAAGUCAACACAAUCUUUGUGUCAAAGGUUGCAGAUACUUCAUUUGACCUGCCAGAGGCAAACGUCCUCAUUCAGAUAUCCGCUCACGGAGGAUCCCGAAGACAGGAGGCUCAGAGAAUGGGCAGGAUUCUGAGGGCAAAGAAAGGUUCAGCAGCAGAGACGUAUAAUGCCUUUUUCUACACGCUGGUGUCUCAGGACACCAUGGAGAUGCAGUACUCCCUCAAGCGUCAGCGCUUCCUCGUCAACCAGGGCUACAGCUACAAGGUCAUCACCAAGCUGGCUGGCAUGGACCAGGAGGAGCUGGCCUACAGCACCAAGGAGGAGCAGAUGAGUCUGUUGCAGAAGGUGCUGGCCGCCACAGACCAGGAUGCAGAGGAGGAAGGAGGGCCAGAUGGCGGCAGACCAGGGGUGUUCCGCAAGGCUGGUAGCAUGAGCUCUAUGUCAGGAGCAGAUGACUCGGUGUACAUGGAGUACAAGAGAGGCGGCCUCAAGUCUGCAGCCCUACAUCCACUCUUCAAGCGGUUCAGGAGAUGACCUGGCCCAUCACACACGGAAUAGUCAGUAUGUUGAGGAGGAGAGAGCUUGUCACAGCUUGUCGAGCUUCAGCAGAGGCAGAUCCAGGAUUUGGACAUAGGGGUGCACACUGUACCCAGGUCAGGAAGUGAACAAUAACAUAUUGGCUGACACAUUAGGGGUGUGAAAAAAAUGAAGGUGUGUGCACCCAGCUUCUGGAUCCGCCAGUGUUCAGGAAGUCGUGCACUAUCUGCAGGACAACACACAGAGCCUUCAAGGGUCCAGAGGUUGUCAGAUGAAUUUGUACAGCAAUGUAAUACAAGAAUGUAUUUGUGACCCAUGUCAUGUUGCCGACAGAUGGCAGUUAUGUCUGCAUUGUGUCAGCAAAUGAUGUGCUGUAAGAAUAUUUUGAGUCCAGAGGAAUAAAUAUUUUCCUGAAA